GCCACCUAUCAAUUCCAAUCAGUGCCACCUAUUAGUGCCAGUCAGUGCCGCCUAUCAGUGCCAGUCAGUGCUGCCUAUCAGUGUGCAUCAGUGCCGCCUAACAGUGGCAGUCAGUGCCGCCUAACAGUGCCAGUCAGUGCCGCCUAUCAGUGCCAUGCCAUAUAUCAGUGCCAUGUAUCAGUGCUGCCUUUCAGUGCCCAUCAGUGAUGCCUGUCAAUGCCCAUCAGUGCCACCUACCAGUGCCUCCUCAUCAGUGCCCAUCAGUGCCACCUAUCAGUGUCCAUCAGUGCAGCCUAUCAG